UGUCCGGAUAGCCUGGUCAGGUCGAAUAGUUUAGCAGUCUCAGCCUGUUGUGCCGAGCCAGUUCCCAGGCUACCGCCACAGGUGAAAGGUUAGGUCGCCUACAGCAGGUCGUCAGCUCUAAUCUUCUCGCGCGGCGGUUCAGCUGCUCGACUUCAGCCCACGGCCUUCCAGAGGGUCCUGGAGACCCGCCCCUUCAGCAGUUCCUGCGAGAUCGACGAGGAGAAGAUGAGGACGUGCCGAGGGUCGCCUCGCGGUCGUCUGUCGACUGCGCUGUUCCUGGUGGUCGCGUGGGCGGGCUCGGUCAACGCCGACGCCGCUACCACGGGCUGCGGCAACGAGUCGACGACGGCUCCCGCGCUGCAGUUGCUGUCGCCGACCCCGCUGCUGAGGCCCAACGCGUCGGCGGCCGAGGUGCUGCAACGCAGGGCGGACGAGCUCUCCAACGCGGUGUCCAACACCAGCUUUGCCGAGUCCCGGAACAACGUCACUGUCUACGAAAUACGGCACAGCAGGAAGAAGCAGCAGCAGUUGAUGCUGAUACGGGCCCAGAUCCUGCACCGGCUGGGCAUCCGGAACCCGCCGGCCAACGGAUCCCUCAGCGCGCCGCUCAACAACAGCACGCUGCGGCUAGUCGAAGAGAUCGUGCGCAGUCCGCCACCCAGCGUCCAGGACAUCACCACGGCGCGCACCAUCUACUCGGAGCGCAUACAGAGCUUCUACCCGUCCUGUUUGACUCCCAAUCAGACGGACCCGUCCGCCUGGAACAGGCCGGACCACUUUCGGCUGCACUACGACGUCAGCUUUCCCCGCUCGUCUCCCGGCACCGAGGUGUCACUGGUGUCGGCGAAGCUGCGCCUGUACCGCACCGGCGCCGCGAUCACCGGUGGACCGAGCGGCACGGCGGCCGCGCACAACCUGCUCGAUGCACCGGCCGCUCCGGUCACGGUGUCCGUGUUCCAAUUUCUCAGGCCUCUCAAGACGGGAAGACUCGAGAAGAAAGAGUUGAUCGUUAGCCGGACGCUCUCUUCCGGCCGACGGGGCUGGGAGGAGUUCAACGUGGAGUCGGCCGUGAGCCGAUGGCACCGGCUGCGAAACAAGAACUACGGCCUCGACAUCGAGGUGGUGGACGCUCGCGGAAAGAAGCUGUUGCCCGGGCGCUACUUCCGCAACAUGAGUUGCGCUCAGACGGAAGCGGGCCAGCAGGAGUCCCCGUUCCCGAACAUCAUGCGCCUGCAUCCGGGACUGCGGGACAACGAGUCGUCGCUACUGGACAACGAGACGUACCCUACUCUCGACCUGCAGGUCGUCGAGGUGCUUCGCCACGACUCCGGAGCCGUCGGACCGGGAAGUGACUCGCCGCAGUUCGUUGGGGCCGACCACGCCGCCAGACCCCACCGACGACGCCGUCGCAAGGUCCAAGACGCAGCGAUGGUUGACGGCGACCACAGGACGCACAGCGCAUGCGCACCUCGUCAGAUUGAUGUCACGUUUGCAGAUUUGGGCCUGGACAACGUGCUGUACCCGGAGGGCUUCACGUACUCGUACUGUCACGGCACGUGUCACUGUCACGGCGGGCGCAAGCGCCGCGGAAAAGGAAGCAGGCGUCCCUGCGUCAGAGCGGUAUCCAGCUGCAACUGGGCGAAGUACGUUCCCCUCAACUUGACAUAUCUGGACGAAGACAGUGUCAUGACGACCACCAUCGAAAACCUGGUGGCCAGCGACUGUAGGUGCUCAAUGCGCCGGUAAUGGGCUCGUAUGGUUGUGAUGGCAUUCUUUGGGCAGUUACCCACUGAUCUCUGCAUAUGCGUGGGUCGUGCUAGAGUCACUGAAGAAGGCCUUAUGUGAGCCAUCGGCUUCUAAACCAUGAAAGCCAUUCUUUGUUCAUGUGCAUGCAAGUCAAGCAGGCCUUUGCCGCUUAUCAAAAUCUUGAAAGCCUUUUCCAGUGACUCUAGUGGGACAAUCUGUAAUAGACUUGUGCACCAGGCCUUGCGAUGCUCGGGGAAUAUUUUUUGUGGAUAUCAAUCCUUGCAUUUUUCAUUGAGCAACAGUCAAAGAUUGAAGCCGAAUGCCAUGGCACGCUGCCAUGAGUGAGCACGCUGACUCCGAGCUUGGGCUGCCACACAAGAAAACUGAGCCCUGCGCCGAUAACUGUUGUCCAUAGGAAGGCUAGUUUGAAGACCCAUAUCACAGCCAGCCACUGGCUUCAAUAGACUUCACAAUAGCCUUUCGACGCGAUAAACAUAUCGUAUCCAGAGAUCAGUGCUGCCCUUGUCCUUUAUGGAACCGUUAACAGCCGUUAGCCAUGUCUUCUGAAGUGAAUAAGAUCCGGUACAAAGAAAAAUUUACUUUAGAAAACAUGCUUCCCACAAAUUACUUUUACUGCAUUAUUGGUUUGGGUGAUUCACACGUGCUGGUGUAAAGCCUCCUUUAAGUGCAGCUGUCAAAGUGCAAAAGCAGGGCUAAGAUUCAUACAGCACUUUGAUGCAUGUGAGCACUACAUGUGUAAGUAAAAUCAGAGAACUUAAGUAAUAUUUCAAAGAAGCCUGCACAUUGACUCUUCAGCUGAUCGGUGUCGGAUCAAGAAUCAUAUUUUUAUUAAUCCCAUAGGCAUACAAUUUUGCUUUCAUAAAUAAUGUCUUCAUUCAAUUAAUCAUCAUCAUAGUAUGCCAGAAAUUGAAGGAAUGUUCUUUCUCAUUUUGGCACAUAUUAUUGCAAUGUGCAGUGUUUUAUCACAUACAGUGAGUUGUCAGUCUGCCAAUUGCUAGUCCAAACAUGACAACAUACUUGGCUGUCUAGAAACAAGCAAAUGACAUGGCAUCCUCUCAGUCAUUACCAUUAUUGAGGCCCUGCACCGUGCAUAAGUUCAAUGAAUUACACUUUACAAAACCUUCAAAGCAUCAGCAUGGUUGUGCUGUCAGACACUGAGGUUACACACAAUGUAAAAAAAAAUGCCACUAUAUGAAAUGCAGCUAGACAUUGCAUUCAGGGUGCUAGGCCACCUGCAUGAAAUAACACACAGUUGGAAUGACUGAUAUAGGCAACUACUGUAAUAGAUAGAUUGGGAAAACAAAGGAUAUUUUGGGUGUACACCAAUGGUGAGGUAUGAGAAACAUUUGUUCCCUUUCAAUCACUACUGUGAUAGGAAGGAGGCAGAGACUGAUUAAGUUCCACGCACAGACUUCCUCAGUGCGCUAAAGAACACAAGGAGACGGGUAAUCUUUCAUUGCUUCAUGAGAAGUUCUCGCUGGCUUUUUAGAUGGUAUUUCUUUGUAGUGCCCUGAUACUCUUGCAGUUCAUUUCAUAUUUGCUCAUGAUUAAAGGCCAGCAACCACAACAAUUUUUUAGGCUGUGUUUUUGCCAUUAUUGUCACUGUGAACACUAGAACCUUUGCAUGUUUUCUUGUGUAGUGUGUAUACAUGCCUCUGUAAAUAGCCACCUGUGUCUUUACGCUUAUCUUCAAACCAUGUGAAAUGCAUAUGAAUGCAAACUCCAGUCAUGUUAGUGGAGCAGUGAGUAGCAGAACUGAGCAACAUGUUAUGGUUUCAGGCAAUCUUUUUUUUUUUUCUGUGGUAAAAAACAGUAUUAUACAGCUCAAAAACAAUAAUAGAAUUACCCUGUGCAAAACUUUGCGAACUUGUUUUUCUUUUAUUAACAGGAUGUUGUACAUAUUGAUUGCAAGUGCUAAAAUCUGGCAUCAGGUCUCCAGGCCGUUUCACAUGACGCGAAACACAGCAAUUUUCAGGCUGCGAAUUCACUCGCGGCAAAAAACAGGCCAAUCUCUCUCGCUGCAAUGGUCAGCGGAGAGCGACCAAAAUUUUGAAGAUUUUUCGCUUCGUUCGCAGGGGUGGAGUGAUUUUUUUGGUCAGGCCCCGUCGAAAUUGCGUCGAGCCGGUCGAGGCAUCAAAAUUUCGUUGAUGAGUUUGUUUUGGUUAUGGUCGCUGUUGCACACUUAGAAAUGAAUUUUGAUUGGAAAGCAUUUCUAAAUGACAAAAAACAUGUGCUCUUCACAACCAUUCAUGAAGACAUUAUGGUAUCAUAACGCGUAAAUUGUUACACUACAUUUGAAAAAUUAUGCAGUGUCUACCCCAAAGAAUAGCAGCAAGCAACACUGUGCACCGCGGCAGUCGCAGAGCGAAAAUGGCAGCCCAUUCGCAGCCCAUGCGAAAUGAAACCGCCACUAGCGGCGAUUGCGAACAGAGCGAAUAGAGCGGAUGGAACGAUUUUUUUUGCUGCAGUCAUAGCAUGUGAAACAGCCAUCUGCCUGUACUAUUUGCUUCUUCUAUACACAUACACCUGUUCAGUGUCCUCUCUUCUUAUUAGACAGGCGCAUAUUAAGCUGUCACAGCGUUGGAGCAACAUGUAAAAAAUUAUUUUAACGUUACAUUUAUUUUAUAUACAAUAUACGUGCAAAAUCAACUGUCAGAACUUGGCAAUAACCAUGUGAGAAGUACAAACCACCAACACCAUUAGAUGAGUUAGUGGCAUGUUGUAAAGUGUACCUCAAUUAACACUUUACAUACCUGAUUCUGAGCCCAUCAAUAAUAUUGAACCGGUGAAGUGAAUAAAUAGAUGUGGUGACCGUAUGCAGAAUGACCUGUUAGCCAAUCAUGCAGACAGAUUGUUUUUUAUAUCUUGCAUCUGCACUUACUAGGUCACAUGACUGAACACUCUGAUUCACAAAAAUGUCAUGAAAUCAUAAAAACAAAGUACAAAUAUUACUGAUGUCACGUAUUCAAAAACUCUUGAACACCUUUACUACUUCUAUUACUCUACUUGCUUUUUAUAAAGUCAUUAGGAAACGGUUGAGAACAUGUUUCUAUAUGUAAAUACUUGUUUUUCAUUUAUUAGCAUGAGACGAGUUUUCCCAGUAACAAAGCUAAUAUAUGUCGUCAGUGUUACAAGACAGCUUCGACAAGCCAUUUUUACUGGUCACCAGCAAGAGUUGGUACAAAGACUAUUGUUUCUUUUCAAGUUGUUUCUUUUCAAACACAUAUCAGUCCUAAAAAGCAAUGAAAUGACACUUGGUUUUCUUGUAGGCCUUCCGAUGUGUCACGCUGAAAGCUAAAAACCGCAGACAUACUAAGCUUUGCAAACUGAAAAGUGAUAAAGCAUACUUACAGUACCCUAUUGUUAAAUGUGUUAUAUAUAGUGAUUUGUGAGUUGUUUUGUAAUCAGUAGAACUUGCUGACGUAGAUAUGACUCAUGCCCACAAGUUCUUAAGAUGCAUGGCUUGCUUUUGUAUAUAUGCAACUUAGAAUCAUGACCCCAUGUUUGUAAACAUUGCCAAAUAAACUGUUUUUU